AUAAAUAUGAUGUCAACAAAAGAUCUAACCCAGGCCAGGGUGCUCCGGAUCCGGCCCGCGAAGCGAGAUAUGAUCUAGAAUUUUAGAAAGAGUUGAACAGUCAGAUUCUAGACCUCGCCGCAGUAAAUCUAGACCCUCUUAUUUGAGAUGGCCGAGCCACUUCACCAGAGUUCAGUGAUUGUGAUUCACCCAGGUUCUUAUUGGCUUCGUAUUGGACGUGCCUCGGAUCCUUAUCCAGUAGCAAUUCCACAAGUGAUUGCUAGACGUAAUCAUGGUAUGGAGAAAGACAGAUUUGAAGAAAAGCUUCUUCACAGGAAUGGGAUUGGUCAUUCUGGUAGCUGUGCUCAUAGAGAGCAGGCAUUGAAGAUGGUGGAACAGGCAAUAUGGUCACGGAAAACAUCACAAGGACACCGGAGAGAAAGUGUUCAUACAUCAGAGGUCCAUAGCUUCAAUGAUUCUGUGAGUCACCAAUCUGUGGAUGAGUUUACUGAUAUGUCAUGGACAGAUACAGCUAACAAUGCAGAAUACUUCAUUGGAGAUCAGGCACUUUACCUUGAGAAUUCAUCAGAUUACAAUAUUCAAUGGCCAAUGAAGCAUGGUCAACUGAAUCUUCAUAACAAUGUGGGCGGUUCUAUAUCUGCUGUCAUUCAAGACCUGUGUACGUUGUGGGGUCAUGUGUUAGACAAAAGUUUGGGAAUUCCACCUGGAGAAUUAGAGAAAUAUAGAGCAAUACUUUUAAUUCCUGACAUCUACCACAGACCUCACAUAAAGGAAUUGGUCAAACUACUUUUAAUUGACUUACGCUUUGAAGCAGCUAUUGUUCAUCAGGAAUCUGUUUGUGCAACGUAUGGUAGUGGACUUUGCAGUGCCUGUGUUGUUGAUGUUGGUGACCAGAAGACAUCAGUAUGUUGUGUGGAGGAUGGGCUUUCUCAUCGUAAUACAAGGGUGUGUAUGACAUAUGGGGGAAAAGACAUCACAAGGACUUUUACAUGGUUGCUGGAAAAAGCCCGUUUUCCAUACAGAGAAUGCAAGCCAGAGACAACUAUGGAUGCACUCCUGUUGAUUGAAUUGAAAGAAACAUUUUGCCAUCUUGAUCAGGAUUUUGAUGGCAUACAAAUACUGGAUUUCCAAGUUUGUUACCCAAACCAGCCUAUGCUGACCUACCAAAUGAAACUGGGUGAUGAAACCCUGCAGGCUCCAAUGGCCAUCUUUUAUCCGCAGUUGUUUGGGGUGGUGGAUGAAAAGAUGACCUUUACUCAGCAGCGAAACCAGGGUGAUCCUGAAGAUAUUAAUGACGAGCUUUAUCUGCUGCAGACUCAGAACCAGCAACAGCAGCAGGCAACAAAGCUGAAGACAGACAAUGGAGUUUACAUGCGAGAUGACCAAGCUGGCCUACAGACUGGCUUAGAUGGCCUUCUGCUAGGAUCUGUAACUCAAAGAACCAGCUCUCCUUUGAUUGGUCAGUGCCAAGGUGAGAUGUUGAUGCAGGCUGAGGAGGCCCCUCCCCCAAUAAUAUCCCGUCGGAUUUCCACCUCUCAGACUUUGGACAAGCCUCUUGGGUUGGAUCAAGCUAUUCUCUACAGCAUUGAUUGUUGUGCGUCCGAUGAAACAAAGAAGAAGAUGUACAGCUGUAUCCUUGUGGUAGGAGGAGGAGUGGCUUUGUUUCAAGGAGCAGCUGAGAUGCUGCAACAGAGAAUCCAAACCAAGAUGCCCCCUUCAUUCAGGAGAGCUGUAGAUAGAGUGGAGGUCAUAUGCAAAUCAAAGGAACAAGAUCCCAGGGUGACUUGUUGGAAAGGAGGGGCUGUACUGAGUUAUCUUGACACCACUCAAGAAUUAUGGAUUAGCAGGACUGAAUGGGAGCGCGAAGGACUCAAGCUUUUAAGAGAACGGUCACCGUUUGUUUGGUGAUAGACAAUUGGACACGAUCGCAGAUGCUCUAUUGACAAGUAUAUGGAAGAGAGGCAAAGUUUGUAUUCAUUGAAUUGAAGUGGAGAACUUUGGAAGAAAGAAAGGAUGCUGAUUGGAUCAUUCAUAUAAUGGUCUUUGCAUUCAGAGCUGAUAACAAAUUCAACCAGGCAGGAGAUUGUAAGAUUGCCAAGCAUGUGUAUACUACAUGUAAGGAUUGGUGGAGAUAAGACCAAAUGUUUUGGGGGUAAGCAGGAGCCUGUAAUGAUGCAGUCUUACUGUAUAUCUGACGUGAGAGACUUAGCUUGCUGCAUUGCUUACUUAAAUAUCUCUGAAUGAAAGCCCUUGUUUGAGAGCAUUGAAACGAGACAUCCAAUGAAAAGUGUUUCAAGUGGAAGUCCAGCCUGAUGACAAUGUUAUUCUGGUAAAAACACAAAAAUGAAAGACCAUAGUGCCAACAGUUUGAUUAAAUAUUUCCAUAGAUGCUGGUAACAAAAUAAGGAUUUUGUUAAAGCUUGCCCUCAUUUGUCCAGUUGUGAUAAUUUUUUCUUUACAAAUGUCUUAUUAAAGUUAUUGUGGUUUGAGCCAUGUUGCAGGUCACAUUAUUUGAUUGUAAUAUAAUGUGAUUGACUUUAACCCUAAAUAGACUGGACUAUUUCAAUGCCUAAUACCC